CGACUGACGGGAGGGACGGGAGGCGAGCAAGAUGGCACAGACGCAGGGCACCCGGAGGAAAGUCUGUUACUACUACGACGGGGAUGUUGGAAAUUACUAUUAUGGACAAGGCCACCCAAUGAAGCCUCACCGAAUCCGCAUGACUCAUAAUUUGCUGCUCAACUAUGGUCUCUACCGAAAAACGGAAAUCUAUCGCCCUCACAAAGCCAAUGCUGAGGAGAUGACCAAGUACCACAGCGAUGUCUACAUUAAAUUCUUGCGCUCCAUCCGUCCAGAUAACAUGUCCGAGUACAGCAAGCAGAUGCAGAGAUUCAACGUUGGUGAGGACUGUCCAGUAUUCGAUGGCCUGUUUGAGUUCUGUCAGUUGUCUACUGGUGGUUCUGUGGCAAGUGCUGUGAAACUUAAUAAGCAGCAGACGGACAUCGCUGUGAAUUGGGCUGGGGGCCUGCACCAUUCACAGAAGUCCGAGGCAUCUGGCUUCUGUUACGUCAAUGAUAUUGUCUUGGCCAUCCUGGAACUGCUAAAGUAUCACCAGAGGGUGCUGUAUAUUGACAUUGAUAUUCACCAUGGCGGCGGUGUGGAAGAGGCCUUCUAUACCACAGGCCGGGUCAUGACUGUGUCCUUUCAUAAGUAUGGAGAGUACUUCCCAGGAACUGGGGACCUACGGGAUAUCGGGGCUGGCAAAGGCAAGUAUUAUGCUGUUAACUACCGGCUCCGAGAUGGGAUUGAUGACGAAUCCUAUGAGGCCAUUUUCAAGCCGGUCAUGUCCAAAGUAAUGGAGAUGUUGCAGCCUAGUGCGGUGGUCUUACAAUGUGGCUCAGACUCCCUAUCUGGGGAUCGGUUAGGUUGCUUCAAUCUGACCAUCAAAGGGCAUGCCAAGUGUGUGGAAUUUGUCAAGAGCUUUAACCUGUCUGUGCUGAUGCUGGGAGGAGGUGGUUACACCAUUCGUAACGUUGCCCGGUGCUGGACGUACGAGACAGCUGUGGCCCUGGAUACGGAGAUCCCUAAUGAGCUUCCAUACAAUGACUACUUCGAAUACUUUGGACCAGAUUUCAAGCUCCACAUCAGUCCUUCCAAUAUGACUAAUCAGAACACGAAUGAGUACCUGGAGAAGAUCAAACAGCGACUGUUUGAGAACCUGAGGAUGCUGCCGCAUGCACCCGGGGUCCAAAUGCAGGCGAUUCCUGAGGACGCCAUCCCUGAGGAGAGUGGCGACAGGGACGAAGGACCCGACAAGCGCAUCUCGAUCUGCUCCUCUGACAAACGCGUUGCCUGUGAGGAAGAGUUCUCAGACUCUGAAGAGGAGGGAGAGAGGGGCCGCAAGACCUCUUCCAACUUCAAAAAAGCCAAGAGAGUCAAAACAGAGGACGGAAAAGAAAAAGAGCCAGAGGAGAAGAAAGAAGUCACAGAAGAGGAGAAAACCAAGGAGGAGAAGCCCGAAGCCAAAGGGGUCAACGAGGAGGUCAAGUUGGCCUGAGCAGACCUCUCCAGCUUUGGCUUCCUGCUGAGUCCCUCACCUUUCUCCUCCAACC